CUAUACUACUUCCAAUGACGUCUCAAACUGUCUUCCGCUUGAAAGAAACCACUGGUCCAUCUGGUCUGAUCAAACUUGAGGAGCUCAUUCCAUCCCCUCGAGCCCAUGAAGUCCUCGUUCGCAUUCAUGCCGUUUCACUGAACUAUCGCGAUCACGUUAUUUCUAUCGGCGCCUAUCCUGUGGGAACGAAGAAAGAUGUGGUACCUUUCAGUGAUAUGGCCGGAGAGGUCGUGGCUCUCGGUGAAGAUACCCGGGACUUCAAGAUAGGUGACAGAGUAACAGCGAAUUUCGAUCUGUUUCACUAUUUUGGUCGCAAGUCAAGCCACGACGGGGCUCUUGGUGCGCCUAUUGAUGGCGUUCUGCAAGAAUACCGCGUUUUCAACGAGACGAGCCUCCUUCACAUUCCUUCUCAUCUGACCUAUGAAGAGGCGUCUUGCUGGCCAUGCGCCGGUGUCACUGCAUGGAAUGCUUUGUUUGGAGGAAUCCCUCUCAUUCCUGGACAAACUGUCCUGUUCCAGGGGACGGGCGGAGUCUCGAUUUCAGGUUUAAUUCUGGCUCAUGCCGCCGGCGCAAGGACCAUCGUAACUUCCUCUUCAGAUGAAAAACUCGAGCUUGCGACGAAGCUGGGGGCUACGCAUGUGAUCAACUAUAAGAAGCGCCCUGACUGGGAGAAAGUAGUACUGGAGUUGACCAACGACGUCGGGGUAGACUUCAUCUUCGACAAUGUGGGAAUAACUGAAAUCGACAAAUGUUUCACCUGCGUGGCGAAGGGUGGUGUCAUCACUGCUAUUGGGUUCCUCGGUGGUCUGCAGCAGGGGAGUUACCCUAAUGUCUCCAUGCUUGCUAUCAUCAGAGCAGCUACUCUCAGGGGAAUCAAUGUGGGCUCUAAGCAGUUGCAUCACGACCUGUUGCGCUUCGUCGAGGUCAAGCAGUUAAGGCCUUAUAUCGACAAGGUGUUCUCGUUUGAGGAGGCACCCUCGGCUCUGGAGUAUUUGGCUAGUGGAGGACACUUCGGAAAGAUUGUGGUCCGUGUUUCUCGUCAGUAGCUCUAAAAUACUUCAGCUGUAUGUAUAAAAAAGAAUCACGUUUCGCAGUGCGAAGACUAUAUAUUCAAUUAUGAUUUGCACCACGAAAGAAGUCUAUGAUAUAGAUUUUCUUAAGACGCGGUGAAAAGAAAUUGGCUAUAUAGCCAGGCAGUUCGUAUCUUGACAGAACCUGGACCCAUCUUCGCCUCAAGAUCAUCGAGGGCGUCCUCAUCACCAUCCACCAGAAGCUUGUCCUCGUAGGAACCCCACGAACUCGGGCUCACUGGGGCACGCGGAGAAGGGGGCCUGGGUAAAAAGUCUGCCUGCUCCUCAUAGUCUUCGUCUGAGUCCACGACGACUUUUAUAGCUGAUUCAUCGACGUCAACAGUGUCGAGAUCGUCUUGCUCCGGUUCCGCGGGAUUCGAUACUUGCGGGACAUCCUUCUCAACGACAUCUUCAUCCAAGGCAUCUUCUUCAGCCACAGCAUCCUCGUUGACAAUUGCUAUCUCACCCAACGAUUCAUCGUCGACGUCGCCUGUGUCGUCCAUCGGCUCCUCAGGGCUACCUUGCUCCAGUUCCGCGGGAUCUAGGUCUUCCUGUAAACCUUCCUCAACAAGCAAGUCUUCAUCCAUAGCAACCUCUUCGAUGAAUUCUUCGUCCAACUCAUCCUCGUCGAUUCCGCCUGUCUCCUCCAUCCAUUCUCCAGGAUCGAUCACACUCUCUUCUGCAACCUCGCCUUCGCCUGUCUUCUCAAGGUCUAUGCGUUCUUUGGUAAUCUCGACCUCAUCCUCAUCUCCAUCCUUGCCUGCGCCCUGAUCCUUGCCCUUGCCCUCGCCCUCGUCUUCGUCCUCGUCCUCGACUGCUGGCCCAGCUUCAAUAUCUUCUUCAUUGAGAUACAUAUCCUCGUCAUCGAAUUCAUCCCCCUCGUCAUCAAGUUUAUCCCCCUCGUCAUCUAGUUUAUCCCCUUCGUCAUCUUGCGGUUGAGUGAACGACUGCUUCUGAGGGCUGUCUUCGACACGCUUACUGCCUCCGUAGCUCGCCCUUCGCCCCUCCCGCUUCUUUGCCUCGUCCACUCUUCCUUGUCGCUCAAGACGUACAAACUGAGCUGCGCGGGUGUGUAGAGCCGGCGUCAUGUGCUCUGGAACCGCGUCUGCAGGAGAUGGGAUGUAUUUCAGGCCGUUAGAUGCUUGAAUCGGCUGCUUUGGCGAGCGAGUUGCCGUAUGUUCUGCAGAUGAACGCGACAGAGGGAUAACUUCCCCGCGGUGGUCGUCCCAGUCCUUGUCGCUACCCUCAUCUUCAUCCUCAUCUGACGGUGCUAGCUCAGCACAGGCCUCUUCAUAUGCACGUCGCAUGGCUAAAUGCAUCUGCCGACAGACUUUAUCCGUCUUUUCAAAGCUGUUCGUGCGCUCCCAGAUAUCUCGAACCAGCUUCUCUUGGAGGCCAUGAUUUUC